AUGGGGGUGUGUUAUUCUUGUGGGCAGCCUGGUCAUGUUAUGGGAAACUGUCCAUCUCACGGUAGAGGAUGUCCAGCUCAGCCGACAAGUUGGAUCGCAGGUUCUUCAUCUUCUGUUCGCCCUCCUGGGCAAGGUUCUUCUUCAGUGCCAAUAGGUAGAGGUCGGGUAAGAGGUCAGGUGUCUUGUUCCGGUAGCAGCCACAAUCGUAUUUAUGCCCUUACUGGGCGGCAGGAUCUUGAAUCGUCCACAGAUGUUUUGCCAGAUGUCUUUGUUAUAGUAUUCAUCGAUGAUAUCUUGGUAUAUUCUCGUUCGGAAACGAAACAUGCUGAUCACCUCCGACAGGUGUUGCAAACAUUGCGGGAUCAAAGGUUGUAUGCCAAAUUUUCCAAAUGUGAAUUUUGGCUAAUUUCAGUGGCUUUUCUAGGCCACAUUAUGUCCGAUGAAGGUAUUAAAGUUGAUGAUCGAAAGAUCGAAGCCGAAAGCACUGAUGGUUACAUUGUAUACUGUGAUACGUCACGCAUAGGCCUGGGGUGUGUACUGAUGCAAAAUUGUAAGGUGAUUUCUUAUGCCUCACGACAGUUACGGAAACAAGAGCAAAAUUAUCCAAUUCACGAUCUGGAAUUGGCCACGGGUUACGAUGCUGAGAUUUUGUAUCACCCUGGCAAAGCUAAUGUUGUUGCUGAUGCUCUAAGCAAGUCAAUGGGUAGCCUAUUGUAUGUGCCAGCGGAAAAGUUGGAAAUGACUAGAGAGCUUUAUCGCUUGGCAAAUUUGGGAGUUCACCUGCUGGUUUCUGAAGAAACUGGGAUUACCUUACAGAAUAUAUCCCAAUCGACUCUUGCCUCGGAUGUAAAGACUCAGCAGAAUGAAGAUCCAGUUUUAGCUAGCAUUAAGGAAGGGGUGCAACAAAAUCGGAUCUCAACCUUUGAACUGGAUUCAAAUGGGAUUCUCAAAUAUCAAGGCCGUUUGUGCGUUCCAAAUGUAACUGAGCUUCGAGACAGGAUCAUGUCAGAAUUUCAUUACUCCUGCUAUUCAAUUCAUCCCAGAUGCACCAAGAUGUAUCAUGACCUCAAGGGCUUUUAUUGGUAG